AUGUCUAAACCACACUCACACAGUCACUCCCAUCCUGCACCUUCACUUGCUGAACACACUCCACCUCCAUGUGAUCACUCUCCGCCUCCAUACAGGCAGUCAUACCUCCGGGGUAUCCUGCCAUUCUCCCCCCAACCUAGGUUCCCACUCCCUCCAGUCCACAGCAAUGCCACCUACGACAUCCCUGAAAUUUGUGAGCCGCCACCUGAGCUAACAUGCCAUGGCUCCCUUAUCCAUUAUGAGCCCGUUGCCCGUAGCCCAAUGUUACAUGGCCAACCAGCCCUCCCAGGACAUCAAGGAUCAUCAGCUCUCCCAACCUAUCCACCUCUUAGCACCGUACCCAACAUUGUGGAGAUACAACUUUGCCGAAAGGACGGUCCCUCGGCUUUCACUCCUGGUGCAACAAGCUACUACCAGGAGAUACGGGGAGUACGACCAAGGGGUAUAAUCCAAGCUGGAACAAGGAUUGUUUGCCCAUCCUUCAAAGGCUGGGGUACAGGACCAACUGAUCGUGCACGUAUUGCAGUUCGAAUCAAAGGGAUUGUUGGUAAUCGAACGAUUGUCCAGCUCGACACUAUCCCUAGCUCAGGUGGCGUGGUUCCAGGAGCGGACACUGUCUAUGUGUACUUUUUCACACCUUAUCCGAUCUUUUCGCUCAACUCUUUAUAG